CCGCUUCCUGUUUCCACUGCACCUGCUUCCCAGCUUCCUGCUUCCCUGAAGCGAAAGCAAGCACAAAUCGCAUUGCAAGGACAGGAGGACGAGCAGGACGACUCAUCUGCUUCCACACCCCAACCCACACCGCGCACUCGCGGUGGCCGCGACGGUGCGAAGAAAAAGAAGGCUAGCAGAGCCUGUGUGCAUUGCCAAAAAGCACACCUUACUUGCGACGAUACACGGCCAUGUCAACGUUGUGUGAAACGUGGUUUAGCCGACACCUGUACGGAAGGCCACCGUAAGAAGGCGAAGUAUCUCUUGGAUGAAGAAGAGUUUGACAAGCUCAAGCCCCGUUCGGACAAGUCUACGGUAGUCGUUGAAAGCCCGAUCGUUCCCUCACCAACAAUAUCGGCUCCUCCAUCCACGCAUCCACAACCUCCAUUCGAUCCCGCCGACCCUGUCUUCUCUCAGACUGUUCCCUUCGAUGCCACCUUUUCUUUUGGCUCGGAAGCCGCAAAUCUGGAGUACUCCAUAUUGUCCGCCAUUCUCGGGAACCCCAGUCCACCGGACACGACGAGUCCCGCUCCUGCCGCACCAGGUUAUACCGCUUGGGCCGCAGAUGAUCCGAUAGAAUUCGGGACUACUCGUCCACCGACGGACUUUGGAGCCACGUUCACCGAUCCUUCAAUCACUCUUCCCGCACCGGAAGCGACGCUCGAGCCCUCAUCUUCUAGUUUCCUUAAUUACCAAUAUCCACAGCCUUCCGACUCAGAUCCCAGUCAAUUCCCGUCACAGUUCGGCCAAGAUCUACAUCCUCUCCAACCUCGCUUUCCGUUAGAUGGCCGACCGCCGUCACCGACCUUCAGUAGCAAAGAUGCGGCCAUUUCGCCUGCUGCGACGAACGGUUCUCAGUUGCAAAGCAUCAACGACCGUGUUACGAAACCGUAUGAUUAUACUGAGGGAUAUCAUUUCUUAAUGAAACACCUUCCUGCCUGCUUUGAAAAAAAUGACAUUCUCCGCAUCGUCCGAGCCCUAGCCAUCUUCCGACCCUCCCUCAUCGCACUCCAGAUGCCGCUGUCGUUUGACGACGAGGUGUUUGCAGAAAAAUGCUUCCAGCGAUCAUUACUAGAAUUGGAUAAACUCAUGUCCUUUAGUGGGACACCGACUGUUGUAUGGCGGCGCACGGGUGAAAUAUGUCUGGUGGCCCCAGAGUUCUGCAUGCUUACCGACUGGUCAAUGGAUGAACUGGUCGGCAAAAAAAAGUUCAUAUACGAGCUGUUUGAAAAUCAAUCUGUCGUAGAAUAUUGGGAGAAUUUCGCCUCACAUGCAUUUGAGAACACAACCAAGGCUGUCUUCUCUCAUUGUGUGCUGCUCAAGCCUUCCGGUGCCCCGGUGCCCGCCACUUUCUGCUUUUCAAUACGACGUGAUUUGUUCGAUCUGCCCAGUAUCGUCAUCGGACAGUGGUUACCUCUGCUAUAGCAUCCGUGUACAUUAUCCCUAUUAUCUCAGAGGACGCAUUACAUCAUCCUCGUCGGCUUUUCCAUGGCUUUCCACAGCAUUUCCGUAUGUACCCAAGUAUAAGUUGUUACAAACACGCAUUACGUACUAUCUGAGUGGCUGUGAUCAGCAUCUUGAAAGAUGCCAAAAAGUGCUAAGAAGAGGCGGGACAAAGCUGCAGACUUUUCAAAAACCAAGCUCAAACUCGGCAAAGGCAAGCAACUGCCCUCCAAUGCCAUCGACACCUCCUUCAAGGCUCGCUCAAUCGCCCUUCCUUCGCAAAGCAUCUCUGCUCCCAAAGAUGCGAACAUUCCAAGCACUAGCCGCAGCCAGUCUUUCGACGAUUUGGUUUCCAACUUGAAGCAUUACAGUCCUAGCGCCAAGAAAGAUGCUCUUGCUGGCCUUCGUGAACUAUUUGGCGCAUUUCCGCACCUGUUGGACGAUUCUCUGACACCUUUGUUGACCACCGCCUCCCGGGUGAUAGCAGAUGAGGAUGCUACAGUGCGGAAGUCUCUUCUGGAGUUUUUCGUGUGGUUAUUUCCACGAGUAUUGCCUGUGAGCUGCCUUCUCUCUGCUCUUCCGCGGCCUCACUUGACACAGGAAGAUCUCGCUCCGCAUGCGACCAAUCUGCUGCUAUUCACAACUUCUGCGCAGACGCACAUCUUCCCUGAGAUCAGAGUUGAUGCUACUCGCUUCAUCACCCUGUUCAUGGAAUUCAUUCCGGACGAAAUUGUGCGUGGAUGGAAUCGGCCGGGCAGCGGAACCGGCAGCCGCGUCUUGGACGGUUAUCUAGGAAUCUUGAGUGCCGGGACGAGGUUCGGAGAUUCUGAGGGGCCCAUGAAGGCAACCUCGACCGCGAGCGUCGUCCUCACUGCGAUAUCCAAAAAAGUUGUGCUCCAGUCCCUGUCUACGUUUCUUCGACAUGCUGUUUCUGAUCGCCGCAGCUCUGUGAAACCGACGUCACCAGACUCUUGGUACAUCGAGCCCUGGUUCAGAACGCCCCAAGGGUUUCAAGCCUUUGAUCUACUCCUUCAGUGCCGAGAGCCCCAGCUCCAUCUCCGUUCCAGGACGUGGCAGUCAACUGCCGACCUCACCGCUGAUGACGAGUUCGAGCUGCUUCCUUCUGUGCCAAAUCUAUCAGGGUUGGAAUGGAUCCUGGAUGAGGUACUCGAGGUUGUAGGUCGGAUCGAGAGCGACAUGCAGAGCUCCAGCGAUAUCACGUUCACCCUGAAUCUUACGAGAACAUUGCACUCGAUCAUCAUUUCAACCUUCCUUGACUGUGCGCCAUCGGUUUUCUCGCCCAACGGAGGAGUGGAAGAGACCGAGCUUGCGCUUGUCGAGUCCGUUGUUGAGAUUGCUAAACAGCUCUAUUCCAAGCUUUUGCAAUCAAAAGAACUCGAUUCAGAGGCCGUCUUCAACUCGCAUCAAGAUUUGAAAGCGUUUCUGGGGUACAUUACACCCUACUUUCCCUUCCAGACCUUCGGGGCACGAGACAUCAAGGUCGAGCAAUCAUUGCAACGGCUGAACCUGAUGUAUUGCGAACUCUCCUCGCUAUUAUUGCUCUCGUCUCGCCACCAGCCAUCCCGGCGAGGUAAACGAGCCGUCGAUCCUCUCCAAGGGCAAGUUGAGCGCGUAGGGGACUUUGUGACUAGUCUGCUCAGAGGCGAGGCUCAAUCGUCCUCGCAACUCGGUCGCUCUCUGAAUUCCGAGUCCUAUCUCUCUCUUCUCCCGACCAUCUGGGCGCUGCUCAACACGGACGCCCCCGAGCUCCGUGAGACAGCGGACGCCGUAUCCGAAGCCGUUAUCCAACAUGCCAUCCGGACCUCGUCAAAAGCUGCAUCGAAGCUGGCCACCAUUCAGUUCGUUUCACGCCUCGUUGUGCUUGACCGCGAACCUCAAUUCACCGGCCACUUGAAUGUUGACAGACAUCUGCUCGCUGAGUGGGUCGGGCAUCUUCCCAAAUGUUUAUGGGAACUUGGCGCCUCGAACUUGUCCGCCACUGAAGUUGGUUCCGCGAUCGUCAUCCGCUUUCCAUCGUGGCUCACUCUUCCUCAGAGCAUUUUACGGUUUUUGCUGGUCGUGUGCCAUCGCCAGUCCAGUCACGUGGGAGAACAGACACUUGCUGUUUUACGAUCGCAACUGGGGCCAUAUUUCAGAAUAACACAUCCAUCAAAAGGUGAACUGCCCGGCCCUUAUUCGAAGCUUCCCCCCAAUCUGCGGCAACUUGUGUUAUCCUUAGUUGCAUCGAUGGGCCGGGACGAAGCCUUGUUUUCAGCUGUAGACCACGCGGUCUCGGAUGAACCAGAGCGUGUCUUCUGGACAAACAUCGUGGGGGCCACCCGGCAUUAA